AUGAAUCAGCUACAUGUUUUCUUUUUACCUUAUUUGGCUUAUGGCCAUAUGAUUCCAAACCUAGAAACGGCCAAGCUUUUCGCUUCUCGGGGUGUUCAGACAACUAUGAUUGUCACUCCUGGAUUUGUAGAACCAGUUGAAAAAGCCAGGAAAUCUGGAUUCAAUAUUGGGAUUCAUGUGAUGAAAUUUCCACCGGAAGAAUCCGGAUUGCCUCAUGGAAUCACGAGUGAUCAAAUAUCAGAUGAUAUGCUCCCCAAGUUCUUAAAAUCCAUGGAUCUGCUUCAAGAACCCCUUGAAAAACUUCUGGAAGAAUUCCGUCCAGAUUGUCUUGUUGCAGACGUGCUCUUUCCCUGGGCUACUGAUGCAGCAGCGAAAUUUGAUAUCCCAAGAUUGAUUUUCCAUGGAACAAGUUUUUUGGCUUCGUGUGCUUUAGAACAUAUGAGGAUCUACAAGCCUUACAAGAAUGUAUCCUCGGAUUUGGAGGAGUUCGUGUUGCCCAAUCUUCCACAUCACCUGAAGUUUACAGGAACACAGGUGCCUAAUUUUUAUCGAGAAGAAAUUGAAAAUGAACUGACAAAAUUGUUAACCAAAAUAAAAGAAUCAGAGAUCAGAAGCUAUGGAGUUCUUUUUAACAGCUUCUACGAGCUGGAACCUGAUUAUGCCGAUCAUUACAGGNAAGGCUCAACCCAUUACGGGCAAGCUCGGGUUCGAGCUAACUCUCCAAAAGGGGUUUGGCUCGAGCCUCUACCUGACUCCUUCUAA